AUGGCGCGUGAUACCGACAACAGCCGAGAAGUGGAUGACGGAGUAUCUCUUGAGGACAGUCAAUCCGUCACAAAGGUUAAGUUGCCACCGUGGUGGUGGGAGCUCGUUGUCAAUGAGGGCUCCAAAAUGGAAGGAAUGUUGUGCACCGUGGGCACACCGGCCGUACUACCCGUGGAGGUGGUAGGGCAUUCCUGUGACGCGCUCCUGGACACUGGAGCCUCACGCAGUUUCAUCAACCCUCGAUUGGUUGAAGCCUUGCAACUGAAAGUGAGGAAACUUUCGGAUGUGUGUGCAUUUACCGUAGCGAACGGUGCUCAGCUGCGUAUUGAUCGAACCGUGAAGAACUUGACGGUCUGGUGUGGACGUGAAUGUUUUACCGGCGAUUAUCUAGUGGGCCCAGUUCCCUAUGAUAUAGUCCUAGGAUUUGAUUGGUUGACGAAACAUAAAGUUGCCUGGUACUCCCAACCGGAUACGUUGAGAACGUAUCUGGAUGGUAGGUUCUGUGAAUUGCCCCUAGUGCACAUACACAUGGACAAACGAACUGAAGACGGUCUCCAAACCGCGCCCAAACGGACUCUAGCAGAAGACGCGUACGAUCUUCUGGCUGGGCAGGUGGCUGAAAUGACUGAAGCGGAGGCCGCUGCCCUUCUACGGUCGCUUCCCAAGCGAACUAAGCAACGCACCACGCCUGGAAAGAAAGUGCCUAUUCAAGCCUUGAUCGAACAAGCACGAACCAACACCACUGGAUUACGAACUUCACUACACGGUAUGAAUAUGAUAUUGGCUUUGCCCAAAGUUGACGGAUCCGUUGCCCUUAGGAUACCUGCGGAACAACAAGGCGUCUUGUGCUGUGCCAUUAUUAGCCUUGACAAUUCACAGACAGCGGAAGUCCUCCCUACACCUUCAGCAGAUAUUACGCAUACCUCGGAUGAUGAAGACUCGCCAUGGCAUACAGCCAAGCUGGACUUCACACUUUUCGACACGUGGAUGCAGUCACCCGAGUCCCAGGACCUCCCACGGGAGAAACGUGGAGAGCUGCAGACACAUAGAGGAGUUUUCCCUGACAACCUGCCACCAGGCUUACCACCCAAGCUCCCGCACGAUCACCACAUCAUAUUAGCCCCUGGCAAGCUCCCAGCUAAAUCGGUUAUAUACCGUAUGACUCCUUAUCAGCUUCGAUUUCACAAGCAGGAAAUCGCCAACCUGUCAGCACAUUGUUGGAUCGGUCCCACGUAUUCCCCAAUCUGCACGCCUGCGAUCAUGGUCGAUAAGAGGGAUGAUGGUACAGGCGAGCGUAAGAUGCGAAUGGUGGUUAACUACCAAGCCCUAAAUGCACCUACGGUCGCACCUGACUUUUCGUUACCUCCGAUCCAAACGAUCUUGGAGAUGCCGGGCGGCGCCAAAUAUUUUUCCACUCUCGACUUAGAGGCAGGCUUCCACCAGAUCCGCAUGGCCAAAGCGGAUCGCUGGAAGAGGGCGUUCCGUUCAUUUUACCCGAAAUUUCGCAAGUGCCAGUUCGCGCGCCAGGAACUUACGUAUUUGGGAUAUACCAUCGGCGCAGAAGGGAUAAAACCUGCAGCAGACAAGAUUGAUGCAAUCCGGGUGUGGCCAGAAGUGCUGGAGAACGAGACGCAUGCACGGCAGUUCCUUGGUGCUGUUAAUUACUGUCGUAUGUUCAUGGGUCCCGAUUAUGCUGGCACUUCCCGCCCCCUUGUUACCAUGACUCGCAAAGGCCCCCCCUUUCACUGGACAGCCGGAUACACCCAGGCGGUUCGCCCCCUCAAGCAGCGUCUCAUUGAUAAUACCACCCUCCAGGUCCCAGACACCUCUAAGCCUUUUGAGCUCUACACCGAUGCCUCCUGCUACGCCAUUGGCGGCGUACUCGAAGAAGCUGGACUGCCAUUUGGGUUCCUCAGUCAGGCCACGACCCCCGUUCAACAGAAAUAUUCGAUCUACGAUCAAAAACUGUUGGCACUAGUCACAGCCCUCGACAAGUGGUCUCACCUACUACGCGUCGGUAAGGUUACCGCAUUCACCGACCAUCAAGGUCUUACCGACUUACGGAAGCUCCAGACGUCCAAGCCCUUGCGGGGACGCUCUGCCCGGUGGUUAGGUUUCCUCGCGGAGUUCCCUGAUCUCACUAUCACCUAUCUACACGGUGCGCGUAAUACGGUGGCCGACGCGUUGUCGCGUCUUCCUUGUCAUUCCUCUUCACAACCGUCCCCCCCGCCUAGCCCAUAUUUGCCUCCUCUCUCGGGGUCCUUGGCUCCGCUCAUGUUGGCUCCUGCACACCCAGAUCCAGCUCUUCACUGCCGGGGGAAGCAGACCAACUACCGGCAGCUGGCUGGCAUUCGUCGUCGCACGCCUCGGGCUCGUCCGCAGUCUCCUCCCGUUGCGCUCAAGGCCAGCGAGUUCUCUGCUGAAGGCACCGAGCCAUCCGUCAUCCUCCCAGUGCAGCCCGCCGAUUCCGUAACCCUGGAUUGGCCGGCAGCUUAUGCGAAGUGUCCCGUUUGCCGAGUCCCCUACAACACGGCGGUCCAGGCAGUCGGUUUACACUACCGCGCCUCUAAGUCCCUCAACCAAAAGCCUGCCGGUCUUCUCCAACAGUUAAUUAUUCCCUCCCGUCGCUGGAGCCACGUCAGCUUGGAUUUCAUUACCGAACUCUCGCUUACGAAGACGGGACAUGACUCUAUCUUUGUGUUGGUUGACUCCCUUAGUAGGGUGGCACACUUCGUCCCCGCGAAAAAAACAUUCACAGCCGCAGAUACAGUGGAUGUUCUCGCCGGUCGCCUUAUUCGUUAUCAUGGGCUACCAGAGGCCUUCAUUUCGGACC